UCAAUGAUCAGCUUAUUGGACAUGACUAUGAGCGUAUCUAUUGGAAAUAAUGUAAUUCAAAUGCAUCCGGAAUUUCUCCCAUUGACUUAUAAUGAGAGUAUCAGGAUCCUAAGUCAACAACUGGUGGGGUUGCAAAGUUUAAAAUUUGCCUUUUGUCAUAGUCACUUGACCUCCCGGCUCUAGAAAGUGGUUUGUGGCCCGCCAGCCUAUAAUGGCCCGCCGACUGCUUAUUACGUAAAACUGAGGUUAUCAUAUUCCAUUAUCUAUCUGUUCCGACAAAUAGCAAAAGCAAAUGACAAUAUCCCCACGGUCGGCGGAACGUGACGUGUUUUCGGGACGCUGAGCCUCUUGGUGGCCUGCGAGACUCGAAGUGGCCCGCCAGUCUCGCUUGCGACUUUUGCGGUUUCUACAGCCGGGCUUGACCUGACUUGGUGACCUGACUUCUGGUGAUAUCGUGUUUAUUUCCGCACAAAAUGUGCAAAAUUGAUGUCGGAACAGGUAUGUCAAAUUUUUGGGGCGCGCGGUGGCACAUAGGUACAUACCCCCUCCCCCGGCAGUGCGAGGGUUAACUUCUAAAUAAAUUGAUCUAGGGUCACCAAAUAGGAACGCCAAAGCGUGCUUCCAUACGCCAUUUGCGGCUACGUAAUUUUCGUCUGUUUUGUGGUACAAUUAUGUGUGUUGCUUGGCAGCUGAAGGAGGCAAUGGACAAGACCUUCGCCGACCGCCGUCAGCUGGUAAUCAAAAGAAAAAUCGGACUGGCGGCUCUCAAACGCGUCUAUCCCGCCCUCUUCAAUGAAGUGGAGAUCUGGGAAGAACUCGCAAGGGUGCGUGGGGUAAACAGGACCUGGGAAGAGGAGUUGGAGGAAGCGAGGAUGGCGCUCAAAUCCAUGUUGAACGAAGUCGCCUUCUGUGACACUCUGGAUGAAAAGCUGGCACAUGUGCUGAUGGAGAUGAGGGAGGAACACGUCGUGUUCGGGCCGCCAGGAGGUCGGGCUGGCCCACCGACCAUCCACGAAGAGGAACUAUGGGUGGAGGGCGUAAAGGUGGCCCAGUUUGAGAGGUUCAUGUCAAAGCCGGACCAAUAUCUGACCUGGGGGGCGGCAUUCACUGUGUUCGCACAGCGCCUCAGUUUCCGCGCGACGCAAGCAGCUGCCUACUGGGCGGGGCGGGCGUACGCGGCGCCGGCCGUUCGGCUUAGCGCCCCUGCGAGUGGGAUCUGAAGUGUCGGCUGAGCCCGCGCCGCCAGCCUGAGACGGGCGGCGACGUCUCCGGCUGGCGGCUCCGGUCUGGCGCCGGCCGAGCUCCGUACCUACUUGUGAUGCGUUGAGGCGCUGCCCGCGGUGUCCGCCGGGCGGCCUCUCGUCCCGCGCGGCGACUGCGGCUGCUGCAGUGCCAAGAUGCAUGCUCUGCAUUUCUGUUCGCACUAUACGAAUCAAUACAGUUGACAGUAAACGGUA